CUCUCAUCCAGCGUGGCUGAACUCAACAGUGACGAGACAAUGGAUCUGCCUGCUGAGGACUUCCAACAAGUCCUCUCCAUUGACCAGAUCUGCUCCAUCCGUGCCAGCAAUGACUAUGUGGAGAGGCCCGCCAUCUCCUUCAAGCAAGCUCGGUCCAACCCAUCCCUCUCACAGCAGGCCCACAAGCAAGAGUGGUCUCAGGACUGCCUGGUGUCUUCCACCUUCCAGGACCUGCACCGGAGCCACAGCCACCACCACCAGAUGUCGGCCUUGCAGCAGCACCUGAGUCAUUCCAGCACUGCCAGCUCUGUGUCUCACAGCACCACCACCUCGGACCAGCGGCUGCUGAGCGGGGUCACGCCCUCACAUUCUGGUCACUCCCUCAUCAGGACGCAGCCAAGAGUGGGCGACCUGAAGCCCGAGGAACCACUGAAAGGUGUGGUGGAGAAGGCCACUCUCCACUCUGGACACCUCUUCAUCUGCGAGGAGUGUGGGCGUUGUAAGUGCGCCCGCUGCACAGCUGCUCGCAGCUUGCCCUCCUGCUGGGUCUGCAACCAGCGCUGCCUCUGCUCCCCAGAGAGUCUCAUCGACUAUGGGACUUGCCUCUGCUGUGUCAAGGGUCUCUUCUACCACUGCUCCACUGACGAUGAGGACACCUGUGCCGAUGACCCCUGCUCCUGCGGCUCGGGGUCCUGCUGCGCCCGCUGGGCUGCAAUGAGCUUCCUCUCUCUCCUCAUGCCCUGCCUCUGCUGCUAUUUCCCUACGCUGGGGUGCCUCAAACUUUGCCAGCAGGGCUACGACAGUCUGAAACGUCCUGGCUGCCGCUGCCAGAACCACACCAACACAGUCUGCAGGAAGAUCUCCUCCUCCAGUGGCACGCCUUUCCCUAAGACUCUGGAUAAGCCGGUAUGA